CAAACUGGAUGCCAACCACCCUAAUACAAUUAGACGUAGAAGACGACCAACUGGAUGCACUGCAACGGCGGGUCUGGAGAGUGAAUAUUAUCUUGAUAACCUCUCUCCAACUUUCACCAUGCAUGGACGAGUGAAGCUGAAGUCUACUGCUCAGCAGGAGGUGGAGAAGAAAAUAGAGCGAGAGAAGAAACUGAAGAUGUAUGUGACUGCCCGAGAUGCCUGUUUUACUAAGAGACGGGAGAGGGUGUUGGAUGAUGAGGCACUUCAGUUGACCCAACAGCUACUCUCCUCCAAUCCUGAUUUUGCUACUCUCUGGAACUACAGGAGAGAAAUCAUGUUGCACCUGGAGACUAUUUGGGAGGAAGACAAAUUGCAGAAGAUGUAUGAGGCUGAGUUGUUGUUUCUGGAGUCAUGUCUGAAAGUUAACCCUAAGUCCUAUGGCAGCUGGCACCACCGAGGCUGGGUCUCAGUCCACCUCCCAAAACAAAACUGGGCCAGAGAACUGAGCUUAUGUGACCGCUGCCUCAGCUUGGACGAUCGCAACUUUCACUGUUGGGAUUACCGUCGAAUGGUAGUGAAGAUGUCUGGUGUGUCAGUGGACCAGGAGUUGCAGUUCACUGAUCGACUCAUCGGCUCCAACUUCUCCAAUUACUCCAGCUGGCACUACCGAAGCACCCUCUUACCUCAGCUCCAUCCUGAGUCUCUUGAGCACACCUUACCCUGCCACCAACCUCGCCAUUCCUCUCCUCCACCCUCCCCACAAAUGCAUUCUCAUCGUGUCUGUGAGGAACAGCUACUUAAAGAAUAUGAGCUUGUUCAGAAUGCCUUCUUUACUGACCCAAACGACCAGAGUGCCUGGUUCUACUACCGGUGGCUGCUCGGCAGAGCGGAACGUGAAGACAUGAUAAGUUGUAUAUUUGUCAGUCGUGAGGAUGAGCGGGUGGUUGUGGCUUUCUCCAGACCAGUUAAUGCCCUGUCUGUAGGUCUAAUACUGGUGUUGGAUGGUCAGCCCCAUCAGGUGGACUGGACAAGUGUCCACCCUCGCUUCAAGCACAGCCCCGUCUGGAUCUGCGUGCUUCCUCCAGGGACUAUCAGGGACAUUAGUAAUGAACAUAAUCUGACUGUGCAUUGGACUGAAAAACACAUACACAGAGAUUGUGCUCUGUAUACAGGUCGAUCUGAGAGUUGGUGUAGAGAUUCUGCAACUGACCAGGAGCUUUUCAGUAGAAGUGACCUGUCAGUAGAGAAGACAUCUGUAUUGCAGUCUGAGCUGCAGUCCUGCAAUCAGCUGCAGGAACUGGAGCCUCAGAAUAAAUGGUGUUUGCUGACCAUUAUUCUUCUAAUGAGAGCAUUAGACCCACUGGGAUAUGAGCAAGAGACCCUUGCUCACUUCCAGACACUUAAAGUAGUGGACUCCACGCGCUCUGCAUACUACAGUGACCUGUGCAGCAAGUUUAUGAUUGAAAACACAAUUCUUAAGAUGGAGUAUGCAGAAGUCCGUGUCUUCAGUAUCUCUGACAAGAAUCUGACUACUUUGUGUCACCUGGACCAGCUGCUGUUGGUUACUCAUAUCAACCUGUCCUCCAAUCAGCUGAUCAGCUUGCCUCCACAAUUUGCCAUGUUGCAGUGCCUGGAGGUUUUGGAUGCUGAUGAUAACGCAAUUGAGGAACUUGAAGGCCUAAAUCAUCUCCACAAACUGGAGGAAGUGUCCUUAAAGAACAACCGCAUUUUCAAGAUUUCUGAUCUUCAGCCUCUAACUUCCUGCACUAAACUGACCCGACUUGAUAUCCGUGGCAACCCUGUGUCUCGGACAUCAAACAUUCAAUUCGAGUUGACAGAGUUACUGCCCUCAGUCACUGACCUCCUGGUCUGAUUGGGAAUUAGACAGGCUUACUGUUUUAUUGUGUGAUAAUUAGCAAUACUUGAGACCUCACUUGAAUGCAAUGUGUAUGUGUCACAGUAUGUGGAUUGGACACACACUUGUGUGUAAUGUCUCUGAGUUUGUUUGUUGCACCAAAACAUGUUCUGAUGCACUAAUGAAAUAUAAUAAAUGGCAUAAACCUGAA